CGCCCCGCGCAGCCGCUCCGGUCCGGGCGAUCCGGAAGCCGGAACCGCCUCAUCGCCCAACCUGGGGCCCGGAACCGACCCGGUCCGUUCUUCUCCGUUCUCCCUUCUCCCGUCUGGCCCGGCCAGAGCGUCGCGGAGCCCCUCGCCACCAUGUCCACCAUGGAGAAACACCUGUUCAAUUUGAAGUUUGCUGCAAAGGAACUCAACAGAAACUCCAAAAAAUGCGACAAAGAAGAAAAGGCAGAGAAAGCUAAAAUUAAGAAGGCAAUUCAGAAGGGAAACAUGGAAGUGGCGCGGAUCCACGCAGAGAACGCCAUCCGCCAGAAGAACCAGGCCAUCAACUUCUUACGUAUGAGUGCCAGGGUGGAUGCUGUGGCAGCAAGGGUACAGACUGCUGUGACAAUGGGCAAGGUAACGAAGUCCAUGGCAGGGGUUGUUAAGUCUAUGGAUGCCACACUGAAGAGCAUGAACUUGGAAAAGAUAUCUGCACUAAUGGAUAAAUUUGAGCAUCAGUUUGAGACGUUAGAUGUUCAGACACAACAGAUGGAAGACACAAUGAGCAACACCACUACACUAACAACACCACAAAACCAAGUGGAUAUGCUUCUACAGGAAAUGGCAGAUGAAGCAGGUCUUGAUCUGAACAUGGAACUACCUCAAGGGCAGACAGGUUCGGUUGGUACAAGUGUUGCCUCAGCAGAACAGGAUGAGCUGUCCCAGCGACUGGCCCGCCUACGUGAUCAAGUUUAAACUGAGCCAAGCUGCAGUUCUUUGUACAUGCUUCCAGAGUGCCCUGUCUGUAACUAACCCUUCACUACACCAGAGAGGUGUGUACAGGAUGGCUUAGCUGGUGGAAUAUUUGUAAGAUAGGGUAUUUCACCCCUGGCUUGCUGCUCUUUCUCAAAUACAGUAGGUAACCCAAAAAUAUCAGCUCUUUAAUGUCCUUUUCUGUACAUUUUGAAGUUGAUAUAUUUUUUUGCAAGCUUUUUUUCACAAAAUCAAGUUGAUGUUCUAAGUCAGCUAGUAAUAUGUGGGUACAUUCUAGCCAAAAGAAAGGCAAGAGUGUCAUGGUUAUAUAUUUUAAAUUAUGAAGUGAUUUUUUUUAAUUAUAAGAACUGUUUGUGGUUGGAGAUCACUGUUGUAUUCAGUUCAGGUGAUUGCUGUAGAUAACUUCUUACACAGCCAAACUCCUGGGACAUGCAGAGAUGGACAGUUUGGACCUGAUGGAAAAUAUGCUUGUUGAAACAAAUAAGUGGACUUCAGUCUGAGUUUCUAAAAUACUCUGAGGUUUUCUAGUCUUUUAAAGUUAGGGUAAUUGUACUGGAAUUAAUGGUUUAGUUAAAAAAUAGAUUACCAAAAGCUGUUUUAAUAUAGUUGGGAACUUGUAUAGUGUCAUCACUUAAGUACAGGAGGAAUAAACUGUAUUUUUCAA